GAGGUUUUGACAUUGGUCUAGCACUAAUCUGAACACGUAGGCUGAAUGCACACAUUUUUUUCCAGUGUAUUUGGUUUUGCAUAGACAUAAAUCAAAAUUUCAGGGUAGUUAUGUCUGUCUUAGGAGGAGCAAGGGCACAGGGAGUUUCUUUUCCUCUAAAUUCAAAUUACAGCUAUAGGAAAAGACAGUAGAACAUUUCAUUUUAACUGAUAUUUACUAAAAUAUUUACUUUAUUACAUUAUUUUUUUUGUAAUGUGAAGUCAUAAUAUUUUAUGGUUGCCAAGUGAGUGAGGGGGUUUGUCACAGUAAAAUGCUUUGACUUGCUUAGUAUGAAACAAACAAACAAAUUCCAAGAAUAUUUAGUUCAGACAUUUAUCUUGAGUAGGCGACAAAAAUGCAGACACGUGGCAGCCUGGAUGCAAGACAAAUGUCUCUUUCUAGUCUGUUCUGGAAAUUUGUACAUUCUGAGAAUUUCCAAAACUUGUAUGGUUUCGAAAUUGAACAAAAGACUGGAAAUUGAAAUAAUCUUCACAUUUCUUUGAAUAAGAAGUAACUAUGGAACGAAGGCAAAGAGGAGUCAGUGCUGGACUGCUUUUGCUGCUUUAUCAAAUUUCUCAAGUUGGACUCCAGAACAUUCCUUCUGUUACCCUUGGGGUACUUGUACUGAAUAUUUUUCUCUUUCUGAAUCCUUUGAGACCACUGUCUGAAGUUUGUCUCAGUGUCAAUGAAGCUGUCCAGAGAAAGAACUGGCAGCGUUUGCUGCUUGCUCCUUUCCACCAUGCAGAUGAUUGGCAUUUGUAUUAUAACAUGAUUUCCAUGCUUUGGAAAGGCAUAAUGCUGGAAAGAAAGCUGAAGAGCAUAUGGUUUGCCUACAUAAUUGCAGUAUUUUCAGUACUGAUUGGAGUAGUUUACAUGGUGCUGGAAGUCCUGCUUGUGAUAAUUCUGGAUGAUCCUUCUUAUGAAAUGAAUUGUGGUGUAGGUUUUUCAGGAGUCUUGUUUGCUUUGAAAGUUCUGAACAACUAUUACAACCCAGGAAGAGUGAGCAGUGUCUUUGGAUUGCCCAUAUCCAGUAAAUAUGCUUGUUGGGUGGAGCUGGUGGCUAUUCAUUUAAUCUCCCCAGGGACUUCUUUCGCUGGGCAUCUGUCAGGGAUUCUUGUUGGAUUGAUGUACACUAUGGGACCUCUGAAGAAGAUCAUGCGAGCCUGUGCAGCGGGCAUUUCUUUCUUCACUGAGCCUGACAGACCAAGGGACUACUAUUCAGAGUAUUAUGGCUAUUAUCCAGAUUAUCAAUACAGAACUCCAAGGAGCUACUUUGACUAUACAGGUGGGCUCACUGAAGAAGAACAGCUUGAAAGGGCAGUGCUAAACAGUCUUAAUGAAAGAGAUUUUGGUGGAGGAACACACAAUUAUGGGCAACGACCUUAUGGGUUUUGGUUCCCACCUGAGAACUCAGAAGAGGACAUGAGAAGGCGAAGGCUUCGUAGGUUUGACAGAUGAUGAAGUUGGCAGGUGUUGAUGUAAAGUGCUAUUCAGACUUACCAAAAUAUUUACAGAUUUAUUGUAAUCUGUAAUUUACAGAAUAAUUUAUAAUAUUUUUCCAUUAUUUUUACUACUUGUUGCAAAACUGCAUAGGAUUUUGUGAGUUCAGACUCAAAGUUGGAACUUAAAUAAAAAAAUGUGAGAUAAGAAUAAA